UGCCCGGACUUGGCACCGCGGCGCUCCGCUGUACGUGUAGCACGUCCCGGGCAGCGGAUCGAUGGGCUCCUGCAGCAACGCGCCAGUCCGCGCUCAAAUCUGCCCUGGCAGCCUGGCCUCCGCGCGCAGGGCAGAGACCGCUGGAAGAGUCAUUAGCACUGAGCACGAGUCCGUCCCGGUGGAGCCUGCAAGGAGCAGGACCUGUGCUCCGGCGCAAAGCCCUGGGGCGCCCGCGGGCAGCCCGGCCCCGCUCGGCCCCCGAGCCCCGCGCAGCCCCGGCUGGGGAGUGCGCCGGCCCGGGAAGCCGCUCCCUGCGUCCCCCAGCAUCCGGCGGCGCUUUGUGCCCUUCGGGCUCCUGGUCCUGCUGUACUGGCCCCGCGGGGGGGCGUCAGGCCAGGCGACAGGUGCUACUUCUCUUUUUUGUGAAUUCUCCGUCAAACCUCAGUCCAGUGCUGGACGACCAUGGUGUGAGGUUCGAGGCUAUGUCAAAAGAAACCUGUUUCUUUCCUACAACUGUCAGAGCAAGGAGCUCACACUUGUUGGUCCUAUGAGGACGAGGAUGAAUGAUACAGGGUUUAGGGAGACACAGAAAGAAACUCUGAAUGACCUGAUGGAAGAGCUCCAAAAGAAAGUGCGUGACAUCAAAGCAGAGAUUUACCCUAAGAAUGGUUCUCUCGACCUGCAUGGUGAGAUGAAGUGUGUUCGUGGGGCCAGCAGAUACACCAGUGCAUCCUGGAAGUUUGCCUUCAAUGGGCAGAUAACCCACCUCUUUGACUCAGAGAAUGGAAAGUGGACAGUGCUUCAACCUGCAGGCCGACAGUUUCAGGGAACAUUGGACAGUGACAGAGAUGUGACCAACUUCCUCACGAAGGUCUCCAAUGGAGAUUGUAAGAGCUGGAUGGAAUACAUAAUGAACCACUGGGAUGAGAAGCUGGAGACAACAGUGCCACAAAGCAGGCCUCAAGACAUGGCCCCAUCCGGGGCCUCGGGCAGCGCACCCAGCACCUGGAUCUUCCUCCUGUUCCUCUACUGUGCCAUCCUCCUUGGCAUCCAUGUCGGGGUCCUUUAAAGGGACAGGCUGGCGAAGCUACCAAGGAGCCCAGGAGAGUAGGGUCCAGCUGCGUAACCCUGCCUUUGUGCAGGCUGCCUUUGGAUGAGCUGCUGUUCAAUUUUAGACCACUAGAACUCGUGGCCUUACAUUCCAGAGACCUCGAACCAGACCACAUGGUGCAGCACUUGGACAUUCUGUGUCCUUUCCUACAUUCAGUGCCUCUCCUGUUCAGCACUCUGCCUUGGCAAAUUCUUGUUCGAGGUUUUUUCUAGACCCUGAAUUUCUUCUAAAUCAACCACAAAUUUGGGAACAUUGCGAAUGAAGUCCACUCUUUGAUGAGAAAGUUCAGUUCCAACUGGGGAAAGUUACCUGAGUCCCAGCCUUUAUAGCCUAACAUUACACCUCACUUGGAAAAAUAAACCAAACAUCCAAGUGCCCAUCUUGGGUCAAAGGAAAAAUGUUAUGUUUUUAGAAAACUGGAGCUACAGAAUAUAAAAUGCCAUAAAGUCAGAAGGAGCUGCAUAAGGCAUUUUUGCUUCUUUUUCUCUGGUAACCCCCCCCCAACACACACACCCAUUCUUCCAUGCCCAAAGUUGAAGGCAGGUCAUACUAGAGGAUCUGCCAUAUUUUCUGGGCAGAAAAACCACUUAAGCCACCUUUGUUCCUGUCUUCGCAGCAUGGAAAACCCAAGUCUCAAGUAUAUGUAAGAGUCUAAAAACAGAAUGAAGUUAUAAUGAAGUUGCAAUAUAGCAGCCUCUCUCAUCUGAAGGAGGUGAACAGGGUUCCAACUGGACUUGAAGCUAGCUGUUUUGUUUCCCUUUUCCAACCUUUCAAUAAACCCAAGCAUGCAUUCAUAGAAUUAGCAAAUGUACAAUGUGAUCCUUCCUUAGAAGAAUGAAAAAUCAUUUAAAAAUCUCCAAAGACUUCUGAGAUAGAAGCCAACAACAGCUUUCUUUUCUAGGAGAAAAAUCCCUCUUCUUGUCCAAAAUGUAGAUUUACACAUGUAAAGAUGUGUAUUUUACAGAGAUUCUGUUAACCUCACAUUAUCUUGUCUUUAUGCUUCUUUGUCACAUCAAAGGUUUUACUGCAAAAUUGGACCUUUGUUCUUUUCCAGCAAAUGUACUUCACAGGAUGAGUCAAGAUUUAGAUAUUUAAUAUCUGUAGUUUUUAACCAUCUCUUUCAUUUCAUAUUAGAAUGCACAUGUGGAAUUUACUCCUUGUAGACUCAACUGUGCUUAUGACAGUAGCUGAAACUAGAAGACAGUAAAAAAAAAAAAAAAAACCUGAUGUCAUCCAUACUUGCUAUUUAUUUAGUCUUCUUGUUUGGAACAAAAGGUAAAGAAUUCACAAAUACCAACAUCUAAAAGCACCUGUUUCAAAUUUAACAUCAGCUUCAGCUUCCAAAAUAAUUUCUUUAUAAUUAGGCAAAAAAAAAAAAAAGCAGAACAAGCAGGUCAGUUGCUUCUUUCUUCUUGGAGAACUCAGCAAGACAAUUGCAUCCUAGGAGCUUCUCAAGGUUGAAUCUGAGAAGUGGAAUAAAAAGAAAAGCAGCCUUUUCUGAUCCAAAUCAUGGAGGUAAAAUGUAUAGAGAAGAGAGAUCCACAUUUAAGAAUAGGGAAAGUGGCUGGAUAAAAGGAGGACUACCUACUCCAGGAGACAACAGAGAAUCCUUGCCAAAUCCUGAGUUCAGAAUUUUGUUUUCUUCUCAAGAUGAAUACCAUAGCACCUGGAAGCCAAAGAAAAUGCUCUUCCUCAAACCCACCAGAAGCCCUGCACCUUCCGGGGGCUUUAUCGCCCCGUGCCCAACGGCCGGCUGGCAGUGGAACAUCUCACUCUGCCAUCCUUGCUCCUUUCCAAGUCCGCCAACCCUCUUCUCUUGUACAUAGUAUUACCAGAAAGACACUGAAGGUAAGAACAACUUACCUCAAAAAAGAGAACAAGAGGCAGUACUGACUGGUAGGGACCUAAUUGGUAUGUAUAUAAAUAAGAUAUUAGAACUAGAGUUCAGAUUAAUGAUUGUAAACAGACUAGCUGGGCUUCAAAAGAGCAUAGAAAAUACUAGAGAAUCCUUUUCUGGAGAAAUAAAAGAACUAAAAUCUAA